UGUGGCUGGUGGGGUGCGUCCACAACACUCGUCACUGGUUAUAAUUGACUUUUCAUGAGUGUGGCCACGCAUUUACACCACCAAUUAGCACUUCAAGUUGUGGCAGGGAGUGACCGCAGCCGCAGCUGAUGUGACCUCCCCCCCGGGUGCCGCAGCCUCCAGGGUAGCCGGGAAAUAAGCCACAUUGCCGCAGGUAGGCCUGGUGCCUCGCUAUUUCCGCUUCCUUCUCCCUAGGAAAGUUUAUUUCCUGGACCUGAAAGUUAGGUGAAGGCCCUCAUAAGAAGCAGCAUCGCUGCCACCACCAUGAAGUCUCCAUCCUCCAGCUCGCAGAUCACCAAGGCCUGGGUGGAGUUUAUGCUCACUGAGUAUGAGAGUAAAAAAAUGCCACGAGCCAAAGUCACAGUAGUAACCUACAGCAUAAGAAAUGCUACAAAACCAGGAGAAAGCUUCAAUGCAGAGCUUAUCCUCCUUGAUGUUCAAGCUGAGCUCAGUGGUGGAGAAAGACCUGAAGAAACCCAGGAGACAAAGGAGUACAAUCUCGUUGUCAAAUUUUUGACCGAGGAUCCGGUCUCCUGUGAGCUUAUAAAGCGUUGUGGUUAUCAUAUAAAGGAACUCAUGAUGUAUUCUGAAGUGGUAAAGGAAUUGAAUGAUUUCCAGGCAGUCCAUGCUAAUGACGAAUUCCGCCUGUAUCUGCCUGAAUACAUCUAUGGCAAGUGUACUGAAAAAGAAUAUGUACUGGUGAUGGAAAAUAUCAAGGUAUCAGGGUAUGAAACUAAUCCAAAGGUAAAAGGCUUGGACUUUCAACAUGCCAAGUUGGCUGUCAAUCACGUAGCCAGAUUACAUGCAGUUUCUUAUGCAUAUGAUAAGUCUCAUAAUUUUUUAGAGAAGUAUCCUUGCUUCCAGUUUAGUAAUGCAAUAAGUACGUUUUUUAAACCUGUUGUAUGGGCCUCGCUUGCAAAUUGUAUCACGUUUUUAAAAAGUAAAAAGACAUACGAAGACAUGGUUCAUAAACUAGAGACAGGUAAAACUACACUGCCUCUUAAGUUUGCAGCAAUGUGGGAUGACCAGACCAGACACAAGUUUCUUUGCCUAACACACGGAGAUUUCUGGAAUAGUAAUCUUAUGUUCAGGCACGGAACUGUAACACAGGAUGGAGAGAGAUCUAUUGAGUCACUCAAGCUGAUUGACUGGCAGAUUUCUCAGUGGAACAAUCCAGUAUUUGAUCUGCACUAUUUACUCAACACUUCAACUUCAUGUGAAAUGAGGAGGGAACAUGCUGAAGAGAUUCUGAGACACUAUCACAAGACUUUCACUGAAGCCACAACGAAGAUGGGUACUCCUGUGCCCAAUUGGAAUUAUGAACAAUUUAAAGCAGAAUUUGAAAGAACAUCUCUAGUAGGGUUUCUCAUGGGCAUGUGCCUCAUUCAAGGAACACUUAGCAAGGCUGGAGAGAAUAUCAACCAUGCAGGUUCAACGUGUCUGAAUAAUGCCUGCUGUCACCCUUGUAAAGUGGUUGUGGAUAAGAUAAAAGCUGGAAUGGCAAAAGCUAUUGUAUCUUUUGCUUUUAAACCUUCAUUAUCUUACAUCAUGCAAGCAAGUGUUAAGAGAAUCUUAAGCCCCAUUGGACAAGAAUUGGUAGAGGGUAGUAAUGAGGUUCUCAAUGGAAGACUUCUGGACCUCCUAAUAGAAGCAGAUGAAAAGGGUGUGCUGGAUGUCCUGACUCUAUAAAAGUGAUGAUGACGGGCUGAAGUACACGGACCACAAUGGUGGCUCUUGCCUUCUGCUUGCUGUCUUUCUUAUUCAGGUGAUGUUUUGCCUUUUCAGAAUGUUAGCAUAUAAAAUGCAUUUCUUAAUAUGUAGGUGAAAAGAUUCCUAUUUUUAUAUCUUUUAUCAAAAAACUGUUCCCAUAAGGGUGAUGUUAACAGUGAUACCGUUUAAUACAAUUUAUACUUGUAGUCGCUAGAGAGGAGUGGAAAUCAGGGAAUUUUAAAGAUUUCCCUUUUUGUAGUUUGAUAUAGCAUUUGGGAGUACAGUAUUUUAACAUAAAAGAAAUGUGUUUGAUUCCAGUCACGUUUAUGCUUAUAUUUCCAUGACAGGUUGUAUAACACCUUCAUAAUUCUUAUACAGUUUCUUUCCAUGUGCUUCCAGUAAUGAUUAUUCUACAUAAAUGAGGCCUUUACACAAUUUAAAGCUAUAUUUUGUGAUAUCUUAGAUUGAAAUGGCUUUUAAAACUCACUUCAUGGCAGCUUUUUGACAAACAGUUUCAUGGCAACUAUGUAACUGAAACAGUUUACAAAAUUAAUGUUUCAUGGCAACUAUGUAAUUGAAACAGUUUACAAAACUAAUGUUUCAUGGCAACUAUGUAAUUGAAACAGUUUACAAAACUAAUGUUUCAUGGCAACUAUGUAAUUGAAGCAGUUUACAAAACUAAUAUUUCAUGGCAACUAUGUAAUUGAAAUGGCUUGUAAAACAUAAAUUUCUUGGCAGCUAUGUGGUUGAAAUGGCUUACAAAAUGACAUUUCAUGGCCAUUAUUUUGUGUGUUUUUAUAUACACCUUUAUACUAGAGUUACCCACUUGUAAUUAGUUAACAUUAUGUAAUUAAGUAUCUUCCUCUUGUUAUAUUUAACUUUAUCGCCUUUAAAAUAUUUUCAUUAGCAGAUAUUCGUACAUGUUAAUAUUGAAGUUAUUUGUUUAAAUGUUAAGUUUACACUUACAGUAUAUGCUGAAUAUAGCUGUAUUUUUUUAAUUUGUUUGUUAAAAGGGCAAACUUUCAUGUUCUGUAAUGGAAGCUAAUGUUAAGUAAUGGAUUUGAGGCACUGACAUUUUUAAAUCCAGGUGUUACUCAUUUUAUGCUGUAAAACAUAGGGUGCUGCUACAGCUGUAUUAAGCUUGGUCUGGCCAUGAACACUUAAUUCCUGUGUUUUAUAAAUCGUGCAGCUCACAUACUCAAAUGCAUAUUGCAUACACAGAAUUGCUGAUAGAAAAAACAUAGCAUAAUAGCAAAUCUGUGUACAGCAAGGGGAAAAUCUACCUGAUAUUUAAUAUUGGAUUCUGAAUUUGUUUCAAAAGCUUACCAUUCAGAUAUACGUACUGUAAUACAAACCACUCAUGGGUUCAAACCUGUUCUGUGGUUUGUUUCAACCAUGUUAUUACAUUUCUAAUAAUAUGAUGUGAAAUUGUAUCAAAAGUUGAACAUUACAGUGUUUGAAAUUAAUAAAUACAUACUCAGAAGCUGAUUGGCACAUUGUCUCCAGGUUUAGUAUAUUACUGAAAUUUUAAUUUGCAUAGGAAUAAUUUUACAUUUUAUAUUAGUAUUAGUAUUAUAAUAAAAAAGAAGCAUUAAACCCGCUAGGGUCAUACAGCGCUGCAGGUUUGACAGUUUACAAAAUGCAACACUGCCAUCAUGCUGGCAACUUUCUCAAAUGAAUAUCAGUGAAAUGACCAAAUAUGUUUCUUUUUAACUUUUUUUAUGUAAAACUAUCCAAUAACUAUUUUAGUAUGCUGUGAUAUCUCUAUUAAUUUGCGUAAUUUGCCAGUAAAGCACAAGACCCCAGUUUAUGUAAGUGAUGAGGAUAUGCCAAUAAGCACAAAAAGUGGCACUAAUGACCUGUGGUCAAACAAUUGCAGUCAGGUUAUGGCAAAAAUUUGCAUCUGAAAAAAGGCAUAAUACUCGUAUAGUUCGUUGUCUUCUUUUCGGUGGCAGUCUGCCCUUUUAUCAUCUGUAUUUUUUAUUCUUUUUUUUAUUUGUAGUUCUUGUUUAUCUUUCUUACCUAAGUUAUCAGUUAGUGUUCCUUAGAAUAUAUGAAAUCUUCAGUAACUAGUGUUUCAUAGUUCUUAUUAAGAUUUUUUGCUUAGGUAGUGAUCCAGUUAUGUAUAAGAAAACUGUGAACAUUAUAACUUAGUUAUGUAUUUUUUUAAUUAUAUGAUUCCUUUUGUUGUUUAGGAUUUUGUCGGUGUUACCGAAUAAAAAUUGUAUUUGCUGUUUAGUAAUUAGUGUGCAAAUUAAUUUUCUUUGUUUAUUUAUACAUUCAUAAAACAAUGAUGUGGUCCCAUGUGUGGCCUCCUCAGUAUUACAUGUCUCUCAAAAUACAGCAAGUCCUCGACUUACAAACACAUUGGGGACCUCCUGAAUUAUGUAUAAUAUUCAUAAUACAGAAGUCUUCAACUUAUGAACACAUUGGGGAUCUUCUGUAUUGUGUAUAAUUAUGACAUAAUAAUGAUAUUAUACACAUUAUUGAUAUAAUAAUGUUAUACUCAGUACAGGAGAUUCUCAGAAUAUUUGUAAGUUGAGGAUUUACUAUACAGGUAUAAACACUCAAGAUCAUCACCCUUGGUAUUGAUGGUAAUAUGGCUUUCAGGAUUUCUCAGUUUUGUUGGGCCUACCACAGGCCUAUGAGGCCUGUGGUAGGCCCCUGAAUAGCCUUUGUAGUACGAUUUGCUUUUUACUUUUGUAAUGUUAACCAUAGCAGAGGGUUCAUCUGUUAAUAGCUUCUCUGCAGUUCAGAGAUUAGGAUAUGUGCUUCUCCUUGGGUGUAGUGGCCCUCAGUGCUAGAAUCAAGAACAAAAAAGCACAGUACCAUGACUGGAACAAUACACAAAUAACCUGUACAUAGAAGAGUUAUGACAAUGUUUUGGUCCGACUUGGACCAUUUACAAAGUCACACUGGUGUGACUCUGUAAAUGGUCCAAGUUAGGCUAAAACAUCGUUGUAACUCCCCUCUCCUAUGUGUGGGUUAUUUGUGUAUUGCUGGAAUCAAGUGUUUGAGCAGCACUGAGCCAGUUUUCUGUGAACUGCUUGUUCCACCUGUACACCUAAUGUUAGAUAAAAGGAAACAUGUGCAAUUAAUAUGAUAUUUAUUGUGCCAACUUUUGGCUCUCCAGGAGUUUUGUCAGCUUGACAAACCUCCUGGAGAGUGAAACGUUGCCACAAUAAAAUGCCUAAUAUAUUGUUGGUAAUUCUACCAGCAUUAUUACAGUGUUAAUGGUAUUUACAUCAGUGUGUAUUUUUGGGGGGGGGGGCCUAAUGCCAUUGCACUGGAGUAUUACAAACUUGAAAUAUGAAUGUCAAUCCUAUCUCUGUUUACUCUUCCUUGUUCACACAAGGCUAUCAACUUACACAAGAAUGUAAAGAAUUAACACUGAACUCCAGCUUUACAAUAGACAGAGAAUGAUAUUACCCGAUUAUACUGCUAGCUAUGGUCUGUCUGUAGGCCUAUUUAAAAAUUGUCACAUUUUUACCUAGUGGACUGAUGGGCAAGUUCUUCGUCUAACAUUGCUUUGGUUCUGUCCAGACUAGAUUAUGAAGAUCAGCUGUAUUCGUCUGCUUUAACCCUUAUUCUUUAUAAGGCUGAUGUUCAUUUUCAAGUAUUGCAUCUGUGUCUCGGUGCCUUUCAUUUUGUCCUUGUUCAAAAGCCCACAUAAUGUUCAUUACAAAACCGUCAUUAUCUCAUUCCCUUGCUACUUUUAGACUAACCUCAGAUGUUAAUAAGGCUGACACUUUCAAUCGUUGUCCUUUAUUAUUAUGCCUUUUCAAUCUCUCGUCAGACUCUAGUUUAUUAUAAUCAGAAAGAAGUGCUAAACCCACUAGGGUCAUACAGCACUGUAGACUCUAGUUGAAUACCUCAGUUCAACCCCCAUUUUUGUUUACCCUCUUCAUUUUUCAUUUUUUUUUUUUUUUUUUUUUUUUUUUUUUUUUUUUUUUUUUUUUUUUUUUUUUUUUUCAAAAUACAUAUCAGGUUUUGAGGGGUCCCAGACUUGAGUGUUUGUUCCUGUAGUGAUUUUACACCAUUGUGAAUUUCAGUUAGCAUAAGAGUAUUUUUUUUAACAAAUUGGCCAUUUCCUACCAAGUCAGGGCAUAUAUACAGUAUGUAUAAUUGCAUAAAGAAAAGGUUAAAGAGUAUAAGAAAAGGUGAUUGUUUUCAAAUGUUUAUUUUCUAUACCAAUUAUCUUUUAAUUUAUUUUGAUAACUUAUAUGCUAUUGCAUUCUCGAUUAUACGUUGAUCUUCAUAAGAUUACAUUCAUGGGUGGAGUGCUAAACCUGUAGGGGUCAUAGAGUGCCUUGAGGAAUGGGAGGCAGUUAGGUUCAAUCCAGGGAAGAGGAGGAUAUGUUAACCCCUUAGCUUAAAAGUCCUCGUGCUGGCAUUGAGGUCCCUCGAGGGGAUCGUCAUACAAAAACACUACUGUAUAUUUAAUAUAUUAAAAUCUAUGUUUCAACCUUUAAUAAUAAAGAUACAUACACAUACAGUACAGUAUUUGCAUUUAUACUGUAUCUACAUUCAAAUAAAACAAUUAUUAAAUUUAAUGUGCAUUUUAUGGGUAAAUCAGGCUUUGUGUUGCCAAUAUUUGCUACUCUCAAUAGACCAUAUAUAAGAUGAAAAGUUAAUCUUGAUAGCAGGAGAUCCCUCAGCUUAGAAAUACACCAAGUUACACACUUUUUUUUUUUUUAAUAUGUUGGCCAUCUCCCACUGAGGCAGGGUGACCCAAAACAAGAAAAAAAAACUUUCACCAUAAAAAAAAAAAUACCACAAGCGGGGUUAGAACCUGCGAUCAGAGAGUCACUUUCACCAUCAUUCAAUACUUUCACUGUCAACACUUUCACCAUCAUUCAGUCAAAACUUUCACCAUGAUUUACACAUAAUCACUGUCUUUACAGAGGCACUCAGAUAAGACAGUUUAGAUGUCACACACAUUUGCAUGUAAAAACUGGCCAGUUAGGAAACAAUGUUUUACAAGCUUCGUACUGCAGUACGAACAUGUGAAACAACCAUCAUUUAUACUUUUGUCUAUACAUUUUUUUGUGUGGGUUUAAAUACCUGGAACGUAGCUCAUGACACCCCUGCAACACAACUCAUUUAUAGAAAUGCAACUCACUUGCAAAUUGAAACACCAACAACACAACUUUCUAAGUUGGGGAGACCUCCUGUAUAGAUAUUUUUCAAAAUAAAUUUUAAAAUCACAUCAACCAGCUCAAUAUACCUUUACUGUUCCGUCAUUUGACAUUACGGGUAAGUAUUCAUAUAUCACUGUCAGCGGUAUUACUUAAUGAACCUAAUACUGUACUGUGUUAUCAGUAUUGAAUAGGUUUUUGUCAUGUGUAUAGAGAAGAGCAUCACUUGGUAGAUUUUUACAAGUAGUACAUAAUAAUCUACUUUAACAAAAGUUCAAACUGUUUUAUUGUGUACACUGUAUGUAUUUAUUUAUUUAUUUUUAUCUCUUUCUGUAACUAAUAUUUUAAGAAUAAAUUUUUUUUAUUUUAAGUGUGUGGUAUAUUUUAAUCUUGUUUUCAUUUUUUCGGUUUUGUUUUGAAGGAAUACCAGUACUCUAAUAUCUAGCAAUAAUUUUUUUUAGAUCAUACAGGACUCUUAUGUCAAUCCUGUUUAAAUAAAACUCUACUGUAUCUACUUAUUAAAACAUAUGACUUUAUAAAUCAAAAUUAGCUGUAAGUAGUGUACACUGAAAGUACCCUUAUCACAGUAUACAUACUGUGUUACACAGGUGGUGAAACCUGUUUGCCAGGGAAGAGAAAUAACCAAUUGGUUAAUUGUCUUGACUUUUAACAGCUGUUAUUAUUAUUAUUGUUAUUAUUAUAAUCAUAAAUAAGCGCUAAACCAACAAGGGUCAUACAGUGCUGAACUCUUUAAUAGAUGUGAUUUCCAUUAGUUUGGGUAAUAGUGUCAUAACAUUGUUAACAAAUUCAAAAUAAUCUGAAAUUGUGCAAUAAUCACGUAUAAUCGAGAGCAUUCCUUGUAGAAGAGGUGUAUUCUCAAAUUACUAUAUAUACUUGGAGUAUACCUGGAGGGUAUUCUGGGGGUCAGCGCCCCCACGGCCUGGUCCAUAAGCAGGCCUCGCAUCUCAUUACUUGGAUGAAUUACCAUAGCAGUUACUUAAGAUGCUUUGCAGUACUUGCUUUUAUUGAGAUAACAUAAAACUCUGUCUGGAACCUUAUCCAGUCAUGACUAUUAAGAGCUACACAAGAGCAGGGGAGGAGUUACUAUGAAACUAAUGAAGCUUAAGCUUCAGGGCCCUUAAUCCCAGAGGGGCUCCAGAACGAUUUUAGUCCACACUGCUUAAAAUUUUUGGGUCUACUGUAUGAGAAGGGGUUGCAAAGGGUUCCCUCCAUAACAAUUCAAGCUUCAGGGUCCCAAAAUGUAGGUCCGCCACUGCACAAGAGUAAUGUGUUGUUCCAAUAAAAGCUUGCUUGGCAAUGUUUUGUUUUUUACUUGUUAGCAGCAUGCCAUUUAAAUUAUUGCAACUGGUGUUGCUGAACAAUGAAUGUGCAAUAACUGGUGUUAUGACCUUGUUUACGAAAGAACUACGUACAGUGAACCCUCGAUCUGCUAGACCUCAGUUCAACACAUUUCAGAAAUAGGAGACAGAUUCCACUGGGUUGAUUCGGAAAUAAUGAAUAACACCCUCUGGUUACAGAAUUGUUCAUUAUUUCUAUGAUCAUGACAAGACAUUUUCAUCUCUAUCCACCACCAUCCCCACUACAGGCCAUCCACUUCACCAUUUCCCCCCAAUAGCGUAUUAUUUUUUUCUUCAAAGAACCAGCCGUAUCUCACAGUGGCAGGGAGACCUAAAAAGAAAAACAAAAGUUUCUUUUUUUAUUAAAUCAAAACUAAGUCCUAAACCCCUUGCCUAUUAGUCUGCUAAAUCGAAGGUUUACUGUACUAUAAAUUAUUGUGUGUGUGAUGAUACCCAUACAAUGUUGUUACAUCAUAUAAUGUAUAUGGUAUAUAAUAAAUGGCAUUUUUACUAUAAAUUUACCUUUUUUGUGUGUGACAUGUUUUUGUUGUAUAUAUUUUUACCUAUUUAUAUCUAAAGGAAGUGCUAAGCCCAUAGGAGUCAUACAGUGCCUGGGAGAAUGGGAGACUAUCAGUUUCAGUCUUGGGAAAGGACAGGCCUAAUUUAAGUUGAUGGCAGUUAGAGUGCAGAGCAGUUACAAAUUUUAAAUAAAAUCAAGUGGAAUGUGUUGUAGGUCAAUGACAAGCAACAGUAAAGAAAAAAUAUAAUAAGCAUUUUAUAAUUUUCCUGAAUUUAUGUAAAAUGUAUGCAGCACAUUUUUUAUUGUCACAAGAGUGUUAUGCCCAUGUGGGCCAUUUAGCACUGUUGACAUUAGAGGACAGAAGUGUGAAAAGACCGAGGAUGAAACUAGAAAGACAUGGUUUGUGAAGUAAAUUAGUUAAGGAAGGUCCCUUGUAUCUUAAUGCUGGUGAAGGUUUGAUCCAAGGAAAGAAUGGGUACAGUUCCUUAGAUCAGGAGCCCUACAGUAUCUAGGCAUCCACUCCCCUCAUGAAGGUAUGUUCAAUUAUAACAUAGCUGUUUGUAAAGAAUAAGGGGUUAGUUCUUUCCAUGAGUGUAUUAAGUACAGGAGGGUUCCACUCUACAGUGCUCCACUUUAUGGUGUUUCGUUAAUGCAGCAGUUUUCAAUUAUAGCCAUUCUUCAUUUAUUCAGACUUCCUGCAAUAAAUAUAUCCACCACUCACUAAUAGCUAAGGAUGAAUAUAUUUUAAGGUAAGUAAGUAAUGAGUGUACUGUAAAAGGACACAAUUGCAACUAAUGUGACAUUUAUUGUGGCAACGUUUCGCUCUCCAGGAGCUUUAUCAAGCCAUUACAAACAAUACAUGGACACAGAGGGUAUAUAAAGGUUCAGUGAGGUGCAAUACUAGUGAGGUACCAUUUCGAUGUUCACUAGUGGUAGUAGUAGUAGUGGUAGAGACAAAAGUAAUACAAUAUGGUAGAGCAAUUAAUUCGUACAUGAGUAAAAGGAUGUAAAAGCUAUUACUCAUGUACGAAUUAAUUGCUCUACCAUAUUGUACAGUGGACCCCCGCAUAACGAUGGCAUCACAUAGCGAUUAUUUCGCAUACCGCUUACUUUAAUUGCAAAAAUUUUGCCUCACAUACCGCUUAAAAACCCGCUUACCGAUUUUCUUCCGAGAUGCGCUCACAUGUUCCGCCGGUGGCAUUGUUUACCAGCCAGCCUCCACGGUAACAUCCAAGCAUACAAUCGGAAUAUUUCGUAUUAUUACAGUGUUUUCGGUGCUUUUUCUGGAAAAUAAGUGACCAUGGGCCCCAAGAAAGCUUCUAGUGCCAACCCUACAGCAAUAAGGGUGAGAAUUACAAUAGAGAUGAAGAAAAAGAUCAUUGAUAAGUAUGAAAGUGGAGUGCAUGUCUCCGAGCUGGCCAGGUUGUAUAAUAAACCCCAAUCAACCAUCGCUACUAUUGGUGGUACAG